AAACAUAAAAAAACAAUAACACCGGAGAGAAUGCAAAUUUUUUUUAUUUUUAUUGUAAAAGGCAGUAGUGGAGUGUGCAAACAGAAUUGAUUGGGAGAGGAGAAUUAAUAAUUUUUAUUUAUUUUCUUCGCUUUAUUUCUUCGGCAUAAAAAAGUAUUGCUUUUAGUUACAAUCGUGUCCAAUUGGAAUUAAAUUUUUCGUUUUUGAAACUAUUUUCGACGAAAUUAAGAUCUAAAGUUAAUCAACAAAUAGUCAAAAAAUAAAAUGUUGAAGUUGACGACGACCCUUGCAAAAGCAUGCAACUCGACUGCAUUGCGCUGCAUUUCCACUACAGCACCUGUAAACGAAUCAGAUUCAUGGUUUUCCAAAUUAUUGGUACGCAAAAUUGAACCAACCAAAGAAUCCCACAGUCGCAUGCUUAGUGACAAAGAAAUCAUCUAUGCCUUACAUACACACAAUGUCCGUCCAGAUUCCAUGGAAGAUUACAUUAAGAACUACAAAACAACUGUGGAAUUAAUCCGAGAUAAAAAGGCAAAUCUUUCGCAGGAGCUGGUCGCCUCAUGGACAGUACAAGUCGGUGAUAUGGAUCAAUGUCUUCAUCUAUGGAAAUAUACGGGUGGAUUUGAGAAAAUCGAUCAAGCCAAAGAAGAUUUGUGGCAUGAUCCGGAAUAUUUGGGUUUAAUGAAAGAUCGUUCCAAGUUCCUUAGAUCUCGUCAUUUGCAAUAUUUGUUGCCUUUUAGUUAUUGGCCACAAAUUGAAAAGCGUAGUGGUGGCAAUAUUUAUGAAAUGCGCUCUUAUCGCUUGAAACCUGGUACCAUGAUUGAAUGGGGCAAUAAUUGGGCUCGUGCCAUUAACUUCCGUAAAAACAACAAUGAAGCUUUUGCUGGAUUCUUUUCGCAAAUCGGCCGUCUAUAUAAUGUUCAUCAUAUCUGGUGUUACAAAUCUUUGCAAGAUCGUAAAGAAACACGUGAAGCUGCCUGGCGUUCACCCGGUUGGGAUGAAUGUGUUGCUUAUACCGUCCCCCUUAUUAGAGAAAUGCAUUGUCGCAUUUUGUCUCCUACAGUCUUUUCACCAACUCAAUAAAGUGGUGGAUGAAAUAUGGUUUCUGCGUUUGGGUUUUUGUUUUGUGACUGAAGCCAGCCCCCCCUGUAAUACUAACGAAUAACGUACAUAGAAAACCAAAAUGUUUAAACAUUGUGAUUUGAGCUUCAACGAAAACAACGCACAUUUAUGCAUUCAUUAUUUUUUUUUUUUUUUUUUUUUUUUUUUUUUUGUUCUUUUCUGCUCUUAUUAGCUUUGAGAAUUAUUGUUAUCAUAUACAUACACCCAUAUAUAUAUAUUCAUAUACAGAAAUGGUUAUAUUGAAACGAAAAAUCAUAGAAACUUUGUUGGUAUAUUUGAAGAAAGUGUUUGAAACAAAAAUUGUUAAGAUUUUAAUAUAAAGUGCAUAUUAUUAAUUAUAAACAAAGAAAACUGUAAAGCAGCAUUUAUAUUAUAAAAAAAAAAAACAAAAAACAAUAAAUUAAGAAAAACAAAUAUGUUUUGUAAACAAGAAGAACCAA